AUGGACGAACCUCUGAAUCACGGGAUUCUGGUGCACGGCCAAUGGUGCACCGAAGGAAUUAUCUGUCGCAUGGCCAGUUUACCCAUAUCGACGACUCUGCGACCUACAAUUGCGGGGAUGGCAAGCGUCCACUUCUUCCGGGAUACACUGGGGGUUCGGCAGAAGACGUACAGUUCGACGUUACAUGGGAGCAUGGUGCAGAAGGGUGUUGACGAAGAUCAACCCAGUGACGAAUAUGUCGUCCUGUAA